AUGCUUACAGAACCACUGAUACAAUAUGAAAUAGACUAUGCUGCUCUUGAGAAAAUCACUCCAAAGGAGCUCAAUGCUGAUAACGACUUAAUUUCUCGGUGCCAGGAUUAUCUUGAAACACGUGGUAAUACGCUAGCGUUGAUUGGAAAAUUGGGAAGCGGAAAAAGGACAAUUGCAUCUCAAAUAACCAUCAGACUCGCCAAGAAAGACAAGAAAUUGAAAAUUAAAAUAGUAAGAAAUAGAGAUGUCAUAUCUGAAGGUUUGAAGACAAGACAUUCAACAUUUAUAAUCAUAAAUAACCCAUUUAAAACAUGGUUCACAUCUAAGCAUGUCGACGAAAUAAUCGGCUGUUUAUUAGACAUUUAUGUAAAUGCCAAAAUAAAUAAUUCUUAUAUCAUAGCCAUUUUCGAUUACAAUGAUUGGAAUUCAUUUAAAUCGCAAAUCGGGGACAAGAAUUACACAAUGAAAUAUAUACUCCCAGAGAGAGAGAGUAUUUGUAAUGAAAUUACAAAAAUGACAGAAAUGGCAAAGAGCAAUAAUAAAGACAUAUCCAGUGUAAGAUUUAUAUCGGAUGAGAGAAACAUAGGAGACCCUCUUAUGGUGACUCUGUUCCUGAAAAAUAGUGAAUUUAAAAAUUACCAUUUCUUAUCCAAUCCAACCAAGUUUGUUUUUGAAAAACUGAAAACUUUGGAAAAGUCAUCGGAACUAGCAUUUAAAAUUAUGGGUUUUUUCGUUUUUCAUAAUGAAGAAAUCGCUAAAACGGAUUUGGAUGACAUCUCACUGUACGCAUUGUUUGCCGAUUUAAAGAAGAUGGAUGACGAGGCAUCCAUUAAUGGAUGUAUUGAACAUUUGCUUGACCUCUUCAUUGAAGAAACAGCAGACGGACGAUCUUACCGCAUUUUGCAUGACGUCAUUACAAGGUGUACAUUUCUCGCUGCUUUUGAAAAUCAUAUGACCUUACUAUUGACAGAAUGCAACCCAAUAUUAUUAUUUGAUUGUACUCGAGUAAAAUCGACCGUUCAAAAAUUAAAAUCGGGACAAUUAGCUUAUGAUUUCAGUAGCAUAAGUGUUGGAAUUCCUUCGGAUAUAUAUCCAGAAGUAGCCAGACUGAUUUAUCAACGAACAGGAAUGAGUGAAGUCUUACAAAACAGCAAAUUAUAUGAGGAUAAAAAAUUUCAGGAUGAAUGGAAUAAGACUGAACAAUACUUUACAAAUGAAAUACAUGUAGAAAAUAAGACAGUUAACUGA